CCGAGACAGCCAUUCGUUACGGGCCAUUCUCUUGGCUCCAACGCUUUGAGCUCUCCCUCCAAGCGCAUGAGGCGAGGGAGGGAGGGGAGACCCGGUGUGAGGUUGCACAUGAGCCAUGCUGUGCUUGAGGCCUAAGAGGUCCAAACACCCCGCAGUGGCCAGAAGCAACUCUUCCUUGUCCUCACUCAGCACUCAGAGCAGUGAGGAUGAUGAGUGUCGCUUGGGUUUGCGAAGUAUGAGUACCGUUCGCAGUCGUGGCAUGAGCCCAAAAGUUGAGCCGCAUGAGGAUUUGACAGCGGAAGAGAAGAAGCAUCAUCGCUUAGAGCAAUUUCUGGAGAGGCAUGGCUUUGCUGAUGCUCAUCAACUCCGUAAUCUGGACAACAUCUAUAGUAGGAUCCGUUUCGAGGCGCUUUACCCCAUGGAUGUGGCGCAAAUGCUCGGCGACCCGGAGCUGAUUCAGAUGCUCAGAGACCUUGAUGCGGAGACCUCGAUGAGCUUGCGUGGAGCUUUGUGCGAAGCCUUGCAGAGUGUUGACAUGUAGUGGACCCCAAAUAGAUUGGAGAGAUCACCGGAAAAUGUUGAACAUGCCC